AGGCAGCGACAGCCCUUAGACACGCAGUCUCUGUUUUCUCUCUCCCUCUCUCUCUGUGCUCUACACAGAUUUGACCUGUGUGCAGCCCUGACCGACUGAGAAUCGGGUUGCUGCCUGCGGGAUGUUGUGAACAAAGAGGGGGAAAGAUCCGUUUGGGACCAAUCAUCCUCACUACAACCAUGACAGUCCUCAUCACGAGUUUCGGGACUACUCUACUGCUGCUCGGAGCAGGGUUACCCGCUCGAGCUUUCGGGACUACUCUACUGCUGCUCGGAGCAGGGUUACCCACUCGAGCUUUCGGGACCACUCUACUGCUGCUCGGAGCAGGGUUACCCGCUCGAGCUUUCGUGAUCACUCUACUGCUGCUUGGAGCAGGGUUACCUGCUCGAGCUUUCGUGAUCACUCUACUGCUGCUUGGAGCAGGGUUACCUGCUCGAGCUGGACCUCGAGACAACAUCUUCUGGCAAUUCGCUAACUGGGCUGCACGAACACACACAAAUGAAAGUUGUUAUGUAUGUCAUUUGAUGCCGUCUUCUACUAUUAUUACACGCCUACCUUUGCCGCUGUGCUCUGAAGCCUUAUAUUAUGCUUGGGGCCCGAAGGGCCAACCUUUUAAAUUUUGGGGCCCUUUCUGUAAUUACUCUCCGCACCCCUCUGUGGUAUCAAUGUUAAACCAGACUUCUUUAGUAUCUGGCACAGAUACCCCCGACAUUACAGUACAAGAUUCUAUCCUCACUACUCUACAGUUGGAUAUGCCUUCUAAUUUCACUUUUCCUCACUGUUUAAGAACAAAUUACUCUAAAAAAAGGAACGUGUAUUUGGGACACAUUCCUAAGUCUCAAUGUAAUCACAUAUAUGAUCAGAAUUCCGCAACCUCUCCAUGUCCUCGCUGGGUCCCAAAUUUAUGCCAAUGUAACCCUCCACUAACUAAUUGUACACACAACAGUAUCGGGUAUGUCAAUAAUACAUGUAGGGCUCAUCCUAAUUGUGUUCUACCACACCCUAGUAAUUAUCCUGGUGUUAAAUUAGCAUUAAACUGGUACUGGUACUGCGGUAAUAGAUCCAAUCUCUUUGUUUCUUUUCCCACCAAGUGGUCAGGCAUUUGUGCUCCCAUACGACUCAAGAACGCUAUCACUGCUAUCCAUCCCCUCUCUGCUCAUCACCCGAAACGAGAUGUCUAUCGUAAUUUCUCACCCCUGCAACAUCAGCUUACUUCUAGAUGGCACCGUUUUUGGACAUCAAUGUUUCCUCAUUUUGGCGUAGUUGAUCUAUGGAGGGAAGUAGAAAUAACACAUUAUCGCUUAGCCAGCUUUGUUAAUGAAACCAUUAGAGCUGUAGAUGGUAUUAGGACUGAAUUAACCGCCCUGCGUCUAAUGACUACUCAAAAUCGUAUGGCCCUUGAUAUUUUGUUAGCAGAAAAGGGGGGUGUUUGUGCUAUGGUCGGAGAAAGCUGUUGCACUUUUGUUCCUGCUAAUGAUAACCCAGAUGGCGAAAUAGGUGCAGCCGUACAUCAAAUGAAACAGAUCACUCAACAGCUAGAGCAUGACGAGCAUAGGGAUGCGGCAGGGUGGUUUUCUAGACUGUUUGGUAAUUGGACUGCUAUUCUUUCUAUGUGUAUCCCUGUAAUUGUAAUUUUUCUUUUGUUUAUUUUCCUGGGACCUUGUAUUUUGAAGUGCUUAAUGGAUAGAAUGUAUAAGAUGAUAAAUGUUCUUACCCGUAAACCCCCGCACAGGGAAAACAAUGUAUAUUAUCGUCCCGCUAGGGUGUAACACUAAUCUAAUUAAAAUCUAAUUUAAUACUAUAAUUAGUAUUAAAGGGGGGAAUUGUUAGAUUUAAAGCCAUGAUUUAAGUUAGUUUUAUAGCUACACGUGAUUUAGGAUUGUUAAGACUUUAUGAUUUAAUAUUUUAGAGCUUUUUAAGAUCCUUUAUUAUAACAGUGAUUUUAAACUAUCCCUGUGUAACCUGACCUUCCUCCAGUAGAGAAGACACACACUUCUUUGCUAAGACUAAACAUAGUAGAAUUGUCGUAAAAACAUCUCGCAUGCUUUGACGUGCAUAAAUGCUGAAAUUGCUGAAUCGCUGAUAUGAAUAUUAUUUUGCUUAUGAUUGAAGGUUUCAUUCACACACACAUAUUGUAAGGUUUUAUUCCUUUGUAAGGAUAAAUAAUUGUAAAUAUUUAUUCUUGACCAAGAAGGCAGUAAUUCUUAAUACUUAAUACUUAUUCUUAAUAUUGUAGUUAGAAUGCCAGCUAGAAGGCAUUGAAUUCUGUGUAACUUGUAAAUUACUGUGUGACCUUCCUCCAGUCACAGAGAAGUGCUAAACUACUUUGCUAGACUAGACAUAAACAUGUCUUUGUUUAAAAUGGUAAAUGCUGAUGUUAAGGACAUAUUCUUGUAAAUGUUGUUAAGGACAUAUUCUUGAUAUGGGAUGUUUUGCCUAUGAUUGUUUUACUACAUAUUAAUGAAAUUAAGAUGUAAUUUGCUGACUUAGCACAAGACUUAGCACACUUACAUGCGCACACACAUAACACACACACACACAUUUUCACCCUCUACACGCCAAGGUCACCCAAACACACAUACCCAUCCCUCUCUGAGGUCACACAUAAACACACACACACACACACACACACACACACACACACACACACACACACACAAACACAUUCGAUAGACAAUACAUAACACAGCUGCUG